UGGACCGGGCUUGUCCUGCCCCGGCGGCUGGCUGGAGCUGCGCGGCACCAUGAAGAUGCACUUCAGCAUCCCGCUCUCCGAGGAGCUGCUCGAGAAGUUCGGCGGCCGCUAUGUGCUCUACUCCGUGUACCUGGAGGGCUUCCUCUUCUGCAAGGCGCGCUACAGCCAGCUGCACCGCUGGAACGAGCAGUUACGGCGCAUCUUUGGAAGCAGUGUGCCUACUUUCCCUCCGAAGUUUUACCUAGCAAUGACCAAGUCUAUGGCGGGUGAGAGGAGGUCUCAACUUGAGCAGUAUCUACAAAAUGUUACUAUAGAUCCAAACAUUAUAAACAGUGAUGUCUUCAUCAGUUUUUUCCAAAAAUUGCAGCAGGAUACAUUUAAGAUCCAGCCACAGAAGGCUUGUCUAGAUGUUUACCUGGCUGACGGAAGGAAUAUUAGGCUGGAUAUCCAGACGUCGGACACAGCUGAAAGAAUACUAGAGGUUGCCUCAUACAAGAUGGGACUGUCAAGAGAACUGAUCGGAUAUUUUAGUUUAUUUUUUAUUCAAGAUCACAACAGUGGAACUGUCUCUGUUGUGAAAAAAGUGGCAGCAUUUGAACUUCCCUAUGUGAGUCUUCAGAGCAUGAAAGAAUUGCCCUGUAAGCUUGGGAUCAGGAAGUGGUAUAUGGAUCCAGCCCUUGAUAAAAUGCUGCUGGACUGUAGAGCCUCAGUGAACUUACUCUAUAUGCAGGCAGUACAGGAAAUUGAGAGGAACUGGGUUAAACCCACAGAUGAACAGAUGCAGAAACUUGAAUUGCUACAAAAAUCAGCAAACAAAAUGAAGUUUUUAGAGCUAGUUAGUGAAGUGCAGCACUAUGGAUACAUAAAGCUUGAUCCUUGCACCUGUGAUUAUCCAGAAGUAGGCUGUUCUGCAGAUGUCCAUGUGGGGAAUAAUGAGAUUUACUGCUGCAUAAAACUGCCUACUAAUCAGACCAAAGUAAUCAGCUUCAAGAUCAACAGAGUGAGGUGCUGGCAGGUCACCUUUCUAGGUGCUGUUACAGAUUCAAAUGGUGAAGGGAGUGAUGAGACCCUGGAGCUCAGGUUCGAGUACAAUGAUUCAGACACAUGGAAAUGGGUAGUCUUUUACACAAAACAGGCAUUUCUGCUAAGCAGCUGCUUUAAAAAAAUGAUAUCGGAACAGCUGAUGAAGACAACCAAAGAGCAAGAACUGCAGAUUGAGAUGCCUGAAUCCAGUAAAAGCAAGAAUUCUAGCAUGCAACAGAACCAAAUUUCUGGUUUUAUACCAAGAAAAAGGACAUUUGUUAAGCCAAAUGAAGAGGACCGCGUUUUUGAAAAAAUAAGAGAAGAGGAUUUGUGAUAAAUUCUGUAUGUUGUACUUUGAGAUGCCUACAAAAAUGCGAUGUGACCUCUGAAUUACAUUAAAAGGUCCUAAAUUCAUGAGUAUACAAUA